GUCUGCAUUGCCUUAUAGUCAUAGACCGAUUAGCUUCUGCAGCACCUGAAGAGCCGCACGGAGCUCCAGUGGAGGAAAGGAGGCGGGGCAUUGCGCACCACGAGAGGAACUGAGAUGUGAGCGGGUCUCUCUGCUGGAUGCAGCCAGAGUUUAGUCCCACGCGUUUCAGCAACAGCAGGUCCACGGGCUUGCCUAAAACCGAGGGGUUUAAAACUAAAUUGGAAGAAAAAAACUUUGCAGGGGGUUUAUUUGUUUCACCGGGGAGCGAGAAGAAGAAUCCCUGGUCACUCUGGAUUUAUUGAGAAAGUCUCAGUCUUGAGAGAUUGUCCAGCGGAAUAUGAUUUGAAUCAACAAGACGUACCGCACUGUUGCUCACUAACAGAAAAGCAGGAUGAAUCUCUGUUUGCUUCAUGCCAUCAUGUUGCUGUGGGCUGUUCGCUCCAGCGUGCAGGGCCAGUGCGAUAAAUCAUCAGAGGAUACCAAACUCAAUCUCUCGGUCACCUAUGAGCUCCCAUCGUUUACUGCAGAAUUCCCAAUCCAGAACAUGGUGAUACUGGAUGGAGUCAUCUAUGUUGGUGCUGUAAACAGAAUAUAUGCCCUGGCCCCAAACUUGAGAAAGCUGUCGGAGUACCACACAGGUCCGCUGCGUGCCAACGAGACCUGUGGCCAGAAGCUGAACGGAGCAAGCAGCAGUGGAAGAGUAGACAACCACAACAUUGCCUUAGUAGCGGAGAACGUUUACGACAAGGGGUUGUACAGCUGUGGCUCAGCAGAUAACGGUGUUUGCCGCCGUCACGUCGUGGAUGAUGGCGUGAGAAAAAGUGUAGAUGAAGAAGUCUACUGCUUUGCCGACAAUAAGAAACUAGAAACCGGGCAACCCGAUGACUCAGAUGUUGUAGUCAGCCCUUUGGGCUCCCAAGUGCUGAAUGUGGAGAGCAACGUCAUCAAAUUUUUUGUUGGGAACUCAGAAAUUCCCGGCAGAAGAAACAUCUCAAGCAGUGCAAAACAUCCCCAUACCCUUUCUCUGCGGAAAAUGAAGACAAGCCAAAAUGGUUUUACUUUCUUCUCAAACAGAUCAUACAUGGACCUAAUUCCAUCUCUACGUGGAAAUUACUACCUGCGCUACGUUUACUCCUUCCAGAGUGGACCAUUCACCUACUUCCUCACCGUGCAGCAGGUGAGCAAGAACUCUCAGGCCUACCACUCCCGCAUAGUCCGCAUGUGCUCCACAGACUCUGUGAUUCGUCGCUACGUGGAAAUGCCCCUUCAAUGCAUCAGCACCAAUAAGCGACGGCGGCGCUCUGGGACAGAUGUGAAAGUGUUUAAUAUCUUGCAGGCAGCCUAUGUCACUAAAGCAGGAAUUGACCCGGAAUUCCAGAAGCUCAUGAAGUUGGAAGAGGACGAUGAUGUGCUGUUUGCUGCCUUUGCCGAAGGAAAGCCAAACUCUAAAGACCCAACACCUAAUUCAGCGGUUUGUGUGAUUGCCCUGAAAAAUAUCAACGCCAUGUUCAAGACCUACAUGGGAACGUGCAACACCAUAGAGCCAUACCACUUCACUGGUUUAGACAACAUUUCCUGCUACAAUGGGACUUCAUCAGAUGACUGCGACCCCCAUGAAGGAAUCCACGAAGGAAAAGAGAGCACAUAUCGCCUACAGGUGACCCAGUUAUACCAGAGGUUAGAAUACUGGCACAAAGACUUGACAAACACCUUGGUGACCUCAAUUACUGUGGUGCCAGUCCACGGUCGUGCUGUGGUAUACCUAGGAACUGCUGAUGGACGUCAAAUACAGGUGUUGUUCUCCCGAUUUGCCUCUCCCCAUGUCAACAUCCACCUGGACUCGAGACCUGUCACCGCCAGUGUAGCACUGCUCGAUGCUGACCAUUCAGAUGGAGCCAUUCUGAUGGCCACAGGAAACAAGAUCACUAAGGUCCCUUUAAUUGGCCCCGGCUGUGGUCAGCUGACCACAUGCAUUUCGUGUUUGUUGUCGUCAAGAGUGACAGAAUGUGGCUGGUGUGAUGGACGCUGUACAAGAGCAAACGAGUGCACCUCCUCCAUCUGGACCCAGGACUACUGCACACCUGAGAUUUCCAAGGUUAGUCCAGCCUCUGGACCAAUACGAGGCUCUACUGUAGUGACGAUUUGUGGCAAGAACUUUGGCUUCGACAAGACGGAGAACUUCAAGGCUUCCAUGGUAACCGUGGAGGUGGCAGGGGCUUCCUGUAAACUGUCCAGGCAAGAAAACUCCAACAGGUGGACUGAGAUGCACUGUUCCCCAGUGUUUAAUGGGAACCUCACCCCAUCAGGAGACGUUGUGAAGGUCACCAGUGGCCAAAAUGUGACCAAGUUCAAGGGUUUCAAUUUUGUGGACCCUGUGAUCAGUGACAUCUUCCCAACAUUUGGGCCAAAAUCAGGAAACACCAUGCUGACCAUUACAGGAGCAAACCUGGAUACGGGAAGCAAGCGAGAGGUGACAAUAGGGAAUGCAAUCUGCAACGUUCAGAGCUGGUCAUCCAUCAUGGUGACUUGUAAGACGCCACCAUAUGCGGUUCUCUCAAGCCAAACUGUGAAGCUGACAGUGGAUUCGGUGGAGCGCCGCGCCCCUAUGCAGUUCACCUACAACCAAGACCCGAUCAUCAACAACAUCCAGCCCUCACGCUCCUUUGUGAGCGGAGGCUGCACAGUGUCGGCUCACGGUUUUUUCCUCAAGUCCGGCCUUCAACCCAUGAUGCUUGUCUCCAUUGGUCAGAAUACUGAGACCUUCCAUGUGAGCUGUGUGUAUGGUGAAAAUCAGACUUCCAUCCAGUGCACAACACCCUCUCUGGUCAAACUGGGCAUGCAGCCGCCGGUCAUCACCAGGGUGUCAUUUGUCCUGGACGGCUAUUCAACUAAACAGUUGGAUAUGAUCUAUGUGGAGGACCCGCUAUUCCAGGACCCUAAGCUCACUUCUAAGGACAACAAGAGCAUAGUGGAGCUCAAAGGCGAUCGGAUGGACAGGGAAGCAAUGAAGUGUCAGGUCCUCACCGUUUCCAACCACAGCUGUGAGAGUCUGACUCUAGUCGGAAACACUCUGCAGUGCAUCGUACCCACUGAGCUACAGGUUGCCACAGCCAAGGAGCUGCAGGUGGAGUGGCGUCAGGCAGACUCCAUCAGACAUCUUGGCAAGGUGACGCUGGCACAGGAGCAGGACUACACGGGCCUCGUUGUGGGCUGCGUGUGCGUCAGCCUGCUGUUGCUGCUGCUGGGAUCGCUGCUGAUGUGGAAGAAGAACAAACACAUUGAUGAUCUGUCUGAGGUGUGGUAUGAUGGCCGGGGUCACAUCCAGCAUCUGGACAGGUUGGCUAACGCGAGGAGUGUCAGCCCCACUAACGAAAUGGUCUCCCACGAGUCAGUCGACUAUAGAACAACCCUGCUGGAGGAUCAGGGCACCGACAGGCCCGAGACAUGCCGAGCAGCUCCUCCUAUUUAUGGGGGCAAUGGGGAACUGCUGUCUCCCAGACUGGGUGCCUUAGGAGGUGGGAUAGGGAUGGGUCUGGGGAUGGGAAUGGGGAUGGAUGGCGAUUUGGUAUCACCCCUGCUAAUGGCGCCGGUCCACAUCGACCCAUCCUGCCUCCACCCAGACCUACUGACUGAAGUGCAGCACGUGGUGAUCGCCAGGGAGCGGCUGCUUCUCCAUCUCAACCAGGUCAUCGGCAGAGGCCAUUUCGGCUGUGUUUUUCACGGAACGCUGCUUGAGCCAGACGGGCAGAAGCUACACUGUGCCGUCAAGUCCCUGAACCGCAUCACAGACUUGGAAGAGGUGUCUCAGUUCCUGAAGGAGGGGAUCAUCAUGAAGGACUUCAGCCACCCCAACGUUCUCUCCCUGUUGGGUAUCUGCCUUCCACCAGAGGGCUCACCCCUGGUGGUUCUUCCGUAUAUGAAACACGGCGACCUGCGCAACUUCAUCCGUGAUGAGGGACAUAACCCAACAGUUAAGGACCUGAUGGGCUUUGGGCUGCAGGUGGCCAGAGGGAUGGAGUAUCUGGCCAGCAAGAAGUUUGUCCACCGAGACCUGGCUGCCAGGAACUGCAUGCUGGAUGAGAGCUACACAGUAAAGGUGGCAGACUUCGGCCUGGCCAGAGAUGUUUAUGACAAAGAGUAUUACAGCGUUCACAACAAGAGUGGAGUCAAGCUCCCCGUUAAAUGGAUGGCUCUGGAGAGUCUGCAGACGCACAAGUUUACCACCAAAUCAGACGUGUGGUCUUUUGGCGUAUUGCUAUGGGAACUCAUGACCCGCGGAGCUCCGCCGUAUUCUGAUGUGAACUCCUUCGACAUCACGGUGUUCCUCCUGCAGGGGAGGAGGCUGCUGCAGCCCGAGUUCUGCCCUGAUGCCCUCUACACGGUCAUGAUCGAGUGUUGGCACCCAAAGCCUGAACGACGGCCCUCAUUCUCUGAGCUGGUUUCCCGCAUCUCUGCCAUCUUCUCCAGUUUCAGCGGCGAGCACUACGUCCUGCUCAACACCACGUACGUCAACAUAGACAAGAUGAGCCCCUACCCCUCCCUCCUCUCCUCCACCGUUUCCUCCUCCUCAUCCUCCUCUGAGCCUUCAACAUCCACUUCCCUGCCAUCCCGCUCCCCACUCUUCUGUCAGGUGGCCCAAGACUGCUGCACCUGAAAAGGGAAAAGGGAGCGGAUGAUGGAUGAGACUCGGAAGGAGGGAUGAAGCAAGGAAGAAAAGGUGAGGUGAUGAAGACUCUGUUUGAGAACUACUGUAUGUAUUUGCCAAACACUGGACACUGCAUGCUGAGGGAAAACAGACCUUUCACUCACUGUGCAUUGAUUGUGGCCCUUUGACCUUCUCAAGCGUCACCAAAUGACAGUGGCCUCCAAGAACUUUAGGGCUGACCUUUUCAACUUUUGUCAAUCUUUUCUGACCUUUCAUUGACCCAGAGGAGCAAGAGGUCAAACGUCCUCCAUCGUGUACAAGACAACUACAAUGCCUCCUUGGAGAUUUCCGGUAGACAAAACGGCCAUCGCAGAAGCACAUCUCAGUGACUGAUGCACCCACACACAAACCAGGGUAGCUUUCUACUCCUCUGUGGGUGGCAUGUGCUUCAAUGAGUGGAUGUGGCUCAGACCUUUACUGCAUCUGUAAUGUGAAUGAGUGACAAAUGGCCACGUAGUCAUGUUAUAUAUAAAAGUCACACCUCCACAAACCGUAAACAUGACUUCAUGUUACCUGAGAGACAAUCUAGCCUGUGCUCUGAUGGGUUUUCUGCCUCGGGUGUGUAAACUGAGGCAUACUGGAGGUUAGUGGCAGUGUGUAAGUGUACAGUGGGAUGUGUACAAAUUCUGCUGCCUGUGUGCAGAUCACUGGAUGCUUUAUUUGUGUAAUUGUCUUUGGACCACUAGCUUUCUGAUGGGUAAAAAUUCCCCUUUCAGAAAUGUGUUUCACCUGUGGGGAAUCCCCAGAUGUUUCUGGUGGUGAAAUAAAAGCCUUUUUUUUUCCAACUUGAAACUUAUAUAUCAAAAAAUAAAUAAAUAAAAAUGCAGCUCACUUUGAUGUUUUCUUGGAAGUAAGAGUAAUAAAUGAGAACCGUGCAAGUCCAGGGAGUUUUGUUGUUGUUGCUUACUGUAUGUCGAGCAUCUGUUUCGUACGGCUUGCAUUUUAUUGACAGAAAAACUAUGUACAGUGUAGCUGAUAAAACGGGUUCGCAGCCACAAGGUUUUUUAUCUCACAUUUAAUUCAUUCAAUCAAAGCUCAUAUUUUGAUCCCUUGAAUAACUUUUAAAAUUUUUGUUGUGCUCUGAAGAAUCUCAAGUUAUCGCACUUCAAAGAGUCCCUGUGUUUGUCUGGCCUCAAAACAGGACUGUCAUUUUAUCUGACUGUAACUGACCGCUGUAUAUUCUUUUAUGAUCGCUCUGUUUUGAUGUUUAACAACCCUACCCGUGUAUUUGAAAAAAUCUGUUGCCUCUUGACUACAAAUGAUGUACAAUUUAGACUUUCUGAGAAGCAUGUGAUAGGGUUUGAUAUUUCAUUCCAUUUACUUCUAUUCAUUUCAGCACAAUAUACAAAUUGGAGUCAGACCAAUAUGAUGCUGGACCGAUGUUAUAAGCUAAUAUUAGCUUAUUACCAACAUAUUGGUAUUGCUGUGUAGAACCCAGUAUAAAUUGGGGGUUUUUUGUUUUGUUUUUUUACAGUCUGUAAUGCAAGAACAAGAUACUUGAAGAAUUGUAGAAAAUUUUCAUCCUUUUCUUUCUGUUUAUUCUGGAGAGCAUGGGUUCGGAGAUGCAGUUCUCUCACCACACUGUGCAGGAUAUGUAGCAGAGUAGCAUCGCAGCUCAAGAAAUAGUCGGGUUUUGUCUCUGUGCAAGUUGUGUUUGUGGAAUACACAACAACAACAACAGCCCCAGUAUUAUAUCUUUAGGUUGUAUUUCUGAGCAUUCUGUAUAUAUAUAUAUAUAUAUAUAUGAACAGCAGCAUUGAACAUUGGUACCUGCCUCAAAGCUUCUCUGCCAGCUAGAGCAAGAGGCAGGGUACAGCCUGGACAGAGGCUGGGCUAACACUAUUUUAAAUGUUUUGUUUGAAUGUGCCAGUUAGCCAAGGUAAUAUGAUGUAGGCAGGGAAACAUAUUCAUAAAUGUAUAAAAACUUAUUGCUGCAUCAGUUUGCCAUUGUAAUUUACUCAAGUCCCUAAAUCCAAGUGGUGACAUUUGUGAUGACUAUUAUAUAAUGAGAAAUGACUUCUUUUUGUAUUAUACUGGAAUAUAUAACUUAAGUAAGUUUGAGUUAUACAGUGUGCUGAAAUUAAUGGAAUUAAAUGGUUUCCUGAAAAAAGAAAACCAGAUUGUCAGAAAUGCAGCAGUUUGAUUUUUAAUUGGUUAGCUCUCACUUCGAGUAAUUUGUCACCAAUGGGCUAAAACUUCACUCAUGCGGUCAGUGUCCAUUUUAACAUUGCUAUAUGUAGCAGAUUUCUGUUUUUUGCUUGUACGUUGUUGUUUAAAAAAAAAAUCUGAAUGGCUGCUGAUAUGAUUGGGCCAUUAAUGGACAGUUAUGAAUGUUUGCUAUGACAAGAAAAUUGCUGUACUAUAUUUUUGUAUUGAUGAUGAGCCUCUUCUUCGCUGGGGUGACCAGGGGUGAGUGAAUCAUGCCACAAACAAUGAUUAAAACCACUUGUAUAUGAACCACUGCCGUUAGGUAAAUACAGACAGAGACGUGUGGAUUCGUUGUGGGUCUGUGUGGAUGCUCGUUUAGCUUCAUUGCUGGUAAAUCAUCUUGAAAACGAUAUAGAAUGUUGUACAAACUGGAGCCGCCUCACAAAACUCAAAGACUGCUGUCUCUUAGAUCAUGUGAUUUUCUGAUGCUUUGUUUGUUUUUAACAUUGUCUGUUCUGUGUGUGUGUGUGUGUGUGUGUGUGUGUGUGUGUGUGUGUGUGUGUGUGUGUGUGUGUGUGUGUGUGUGUGUGUGUGUGUGUGUGAAUUCGUCUAUACAAAAAAUCCUGAAGGUACAUGUUCCUAUGUAAUGUCAGUUGAAUUCUGUCAGUGUAAUAAAGCUAUAUUAUCAGAA